CCUAACUUUUGCCCGGACUCUAAACUUCAGCGCCGAUAAACUUGUGAAAAGCAGCUUUAAUGUUGACUUUCUGAAGGUUUUGGGCCUGUUCGGGUUCGGGGUUUGGUUUUAUUGAGGAUGUGCUUGAGUGAGUCAGGAAGAUGAGGACACCACAGCUGCUGACGUCGCUGCGGUAGUUUCCUUUAUUUUGCAGCGCUAUCACUGAACAGUGGAAGUUUUAACAAAGUAACAGCUGCAGUCUGCUUCUUUCUGCUGGGUGAGACUGUCCUGUUCAGCUUUCUGUGAAGGAUAGUUGUGUGUGCAAAAUGUUGGACAAGUCGUCUCGGUGUCCCACCGCGGAGGAGAACCUUCGUCAGGGGAGGAGGCUGUGGGUUGCAGCCGCUGUCGCGGUGACCUUCCUGGGCUUGUUUGCGGCGCCUGGGUGGGCAGAGGAUGCCUCCUGUCACGGAGCUUACGACCUCUACUUUGUUUUAGACAGGUCUGGAAGUGUUGCCAGAGACUGGAAGGAGAUCUACUCCUUUGUCAAGAACCUUACGGACCGAUUCGUGAGCCCACGAAUGAGAGUCUCAUUCAUAGUUUUUUCGGCCCAUGCUGAUGUUCUGCUUCCUCUGACUGGAAACAGGUAUGAAAUAGAAGAAGGCCUGAGACGCCUGAGCGACGUAAAGCCAGCAGGUGAAACGUACAUGCACGAAGGAAUAAAACAGGCUUCAGCUCAGAUAGAGCAGCAGUCCACCAAGUCCUCCAGCAUCAUCCUGGCUCUGACCGAUGGGAAGCUGCAAGUUUAUGUCCAUGAGCUCACCGUGAAGCAGGCUGAUGAAGCCAGGAAAUAUGGUGCUCGUGUUUACUGUGUUGGUAUCAAGGACUUUGAUGAGCAGCAGCUUGCUGAUAUCGCGGACUCCAAAGACAACGUGUUUCCUGUCAAAGAUGGCUUCCACGCUCUCAAAGGCAUUGUCAACUCUAUAUUAAAGCGAUCGUGCACAGAGAUCCUGACUGUGGAGCCCUCCACCGUGUGUGUGAAUCAGUCCUUCGACAUCGUCCUCAGAGGGAACGGCUUCUCCGUCGGACAGAGCAGCGAAGGCGUAGUCUGCACCUUUAUAGUUAAUCAGCAAACCAUCAACAACAAGCCGAGCACUGUGCUCAGCAACUAUCUGCUGUGUCCUGCUCCCAUACUGUAUGAUGCUGGACAGACUAUGGAUGUUCUUAUCAGCCUCAACAAUGGCAAGACGUUUAUCUCUAGCGCUUACACCAUCACUGCAUCUACAUGUUCCGAUGGGUCUGUUGUGGUGAUAGUCAUCCUGGUGCUGCUGGCGCUCGUGGCUUUGGCCCUCAUGUGGUGGUUCUGGCCUCUCUGCUGCACAGUGGUCAUCAAAGACCCACCGCCGCCGCCUCCACCUUCCCGUCCCCCUCCACCUGAACCUGAGCCACUGCCAAAGACGAAGUGGCCGACGGUGGACGCCUCGUACUACGGAGGAAGAGGAGCAGGAGGAAUCAAACGGAUGGAGGUACGAUGGGGAGAAAAGGGCUCAACUGAGGAGGGGGCCCGACUGGAGAAGGCCAAAAAUGCUAAAGUUUCUAUAAUAGAGGAUCUGGAUGAGCCGAUGAUCAAACGUCCAACUCCUAAACCUCCCGGCAACCGGCAGGCUGAGAGCAAAUGGUACACUCCUAUCAAGGGUCGCCUCGAUGCUUUGUGGGCUUUGUUGCGGCAGCAGUAUGAUCGAGUCUCCCUCAUGCGUCCCACCUCAGCAGACCAGGGCCGCUGUGUUAAUUUCAACCGUGUGCCGCAUCAGUCGAGCAGCAGAACUACUGUGUGAAAGCCGAUGUGUGCGCAUCGCUGUGGACGAGACAACAAAUUCAGGGUUAUUAUGGUUUUUAAAACGUUUCUUGCAGCUGGAACCACUGCACAUUUACCCGUCCUCACAAAGUUUCCUCUCUCCUCUGUACACCCGUUGAUCUUUGCAGCAGACAGGGUGAAACAUGUAAUAUUUUAAUAUGCUAUUUUAUUAUUCCUUAAAUUAUUUACUGCCUUGUUCUCUUUUUUUAUUUGUUUUUAUAAAGAAAAAGGGAAAAAGAAAAGCAUAAGAACAUAGUGCCUUAGAACUCAACACUCAGACUUUGUUAGCUUUUUAUGUGCACCACAGGCUUAACAUAUUCUGACCAUAUUGUACCUUCUGAAAAAAAACACAUUUCAUGGACACAGACGGAAACUAUCUUUAAAAAAAAAAAAAAAAAAGGGGCUGUUUGCCUUUGGUGUGGAAGUCGGAAUAAUCCCAGCGGGCCUCACGAGUGCAGAAGUCCGUUUUCCUUUUAGCAAUGUCUCAUUUCGACUCUCCUCCAACUUCAGCAGUGCUGGAUGCCCAGCGGCUGCCCUUUGACUGGCUUAUCCUGUCAUUUUAUCACUGAGAACUGCACACGCAUGACAAAUUGUAGACAGGACGCCCCAAGGUACUGGAAGGCACCAAGACUUUGCCCUUUAGUUUUUUUGUUUUGUUUUUUUUUCCACAUAUACCUUCCUUUCAUUAUGCACUCGGGACAAGGAAAUUAAUAGAGCGUUAUCCGACCGCAGGACAGCCCUCUGAGCAGGACCAUCUCCAGCUACGUUUGAGGGAUUGAUGCCUUCAAGACCUUGACAUGGCGCUUGGUGUUUUUUGCCCCUUUUUUUGGUGCAGUCUGCUCUCUGCUCAGUAAGGCGUAGCACAUCAUGGCCGAUAAACAGGCCUAUCAGUUAGGACUUAAGCUACAGAUACGGCCGUACUCUCUGACGCUCUGUCUCUGUCCUCCGAGGGGCUCCCGGGCCUCGCCUGUUUCCCCAGCGCCAGAAUAUCAAAGUUUAAUUAAAAUAAUUAAAGGCAACAGCAAGCAGCAGCCUGUGAAGACUUGGCUGUCCCUUUUUUAUGCCUUUUGACUUUGAAUGACCUAUAACUGUGUUAUCCACAGCAACAAAAAGAGGACACCUCGCUGUGGUGACGGUCCACCAUGUCCAAAACGCCAAGCCAAAGCAACGGAUGCGACGGACGGAUAAGUAUUGUUCAUUUCCAGAAAUGAUGCCCACCGCCCCCCACCCCUUUUCCCCUCCAUCCCAACAUCCCAAAAAUCUGGGUUUAUAUAUUUAUAUUUACUGUGGACUUCUCAAGCGCGCUGUCAUGACGCCAAUCCUAAAUGAUGUUACUGUGAGCGGAAACACUGUGGGGGAGGAAUGGGGGCAGCAGCUGAAGAAAAAGGCUCGAAUGAUCCAGUCACUUCGGAUACCGUACUUCAGAUGCAGAAUGGAUAUUCGAGUCGAAACCUGACAAAGCGUGCCGGGUUUGACGGGAAGCGGUAUAGACAAUGACCAGUGGCUGGGUCAGUGGGAUGUCUCCGUGCAAGCAGGGAAGCUUAUCAAAUGACACUAAAAAUAAGUUCAACAACCAUCAACUUUAAGGGGGAAUGGGUGCGCGUCUCACAUUCGGGAGGCACGAGAGUGCGUGAGACGGGCGGCGGGCGGCUAACCCGGUCUAAUUAUUUCUUUGUUUUCGCUCCUUCCUGAUUGGAGGGACAUAAAUUAUUCCAUAUCGAAUCCUCGGGGUGCGCUGGUAUUUCUGUCUGAUUUAACCGCUUUUAGCUCCUUGCAUAAUUUUACAGGUUGACAUUUAGUCCAUCGUCACACUCUUUGUGAAAUUUUAACACGUAGACGGCGUCUGCUUUAUGUUGCCACUAAGUGUGCAGGAAUGCUAUUAACCUGGACUAAUGAGGUAUAUGCAGUCACAACACAACCGGCCCUGCUAGUAACAUGUCACCCACUGAGUCCUCUGUGCACAUUAUUACACAUCGUGGUUACACCUAGUGCUGUUCAUAGACAAUUAAAAAGAAACAUGAAGUUCUGUGUUCUUUUUAAAAAACUGAUGAAGUGAUUAAAUAUUUUUGUGUAAUUUUUCACCUUCAUUCGUUGGUCAAAUGAUCAGAUUUCAUGAUGCAAGUUUUAUUUUUUAUUUGCAGUGAUUCUUAAAUUCAGAUUAAAUUGCAUGUUUUUUGUGUUUUUACUGCUUCAUACAUCAAACAGCUCAUUUUAACAUUAUAACAUCUGUAAAAAUUAAGCUUCAUGUAUUAUUAGCACCUUAAAAUCCAGAUUUGAGUCACACAAGCUUCAUAUGUGUGAGCCACAGACCAAAACACCAAAAAACUUGUUUUUCUUUUUUUUUUUUUUUUUCUAUUGUAUCUAAAGUUUAAUUCUGGGUGUUACACUGUUUUUUUAUAUGCAUUUCAUUGUGGCAAUUUUUUUACACUCCAAUCUGUUGUGUUAAAUACACAAACAACAAAAAGCAAACAGUGUUUAGUUUUUUGUUUUUUUCUGUGUCACUUUUAUUAACACAUGUGCUGGUUGGGGUGGACACGCUGAAGGCAAUCUUUAAUUGGGCCCUUAAAGAUUUAUAGGGCCCGACAGUAAACGUGAUUAUACUGUGCACAUAUUGUGUGUGUGUGUGUUGACGGAGGAGUGGACAGUGUGUAGCCUCUCCCCCGGUGAAGUCAGUUACCAGAGGCACCGAACAAACAUAAAAUAUCCAACAGAAACCCUCUGAGGUUUUCAGCGCACCAACGAGCUCUUGCACCACAUAUAUGUAGUGGUGCAAGCUGUGACAACAUACAACCUAAGGUGUUUCUGCAUUUCAUUUACCUGCAAAGUGACCCCUCUGCAGGACAAGAUGGGCAUGAUCUUAUGAAAAUCCCACCGUUCAUAAAAAAACAGGGCUUUUAGGUCAAAUAAUAAAAUGAUGUGUAGCUUAAAAGAAUAAAAUAGAGUUUUCUAUGUAGUCUUGAAAAAUUAUGGAAAGCGUGGAGUUUUCUAUGUAGUCUUGAAAAAUUAUGGAAAGCGUGAAAUUGUUUUUAGUAUUUUGAAGGUUUUGUAUUUGUUGACCUUGGCAGACACAAGUCAGCUUCAGGGUGGAGCACCUUUGAACUCUGUGAUUAAGACCGAAAACCCAUAAGAAAACUUUAUGUGCACACAUUUGCUACUGCCGGUCUUAAUUUUAUUAAAUCUUUGUAGCUGUAAUGAAAAGAAAAAACUCACCCAGUCGAAACUUAAGCCUGGAAAAGACUGCUGAAUAUUGAAGCUGAAGCAUUUUCAACUGACAUCCAUGCAGUACCAAGCAUGUCUAUAUUGUUUUUUAAAUACAAUAAAAGAAACAAAAUUCUCUAAUUAAUUUAACAUAAUAAUGGUCAAUAAAUAAGUUCUACAGGUAAUAUAAAUGUAUUUUGUUAAACUUCUGUAACCCUAAAUGGCUGAUUCCUCAUAGAAAAUACAUAAAAGCAAAAUUAUUCAAUUUUAAAAUGUCUAUAAAUAUUUAAUAUUAAUACCUAAAAUGUUUAAUUUAAACCACAAUAAAUAUGACUCACAAAACAAGACGGUAUUAAAAAGGAAAUAACAGCAACACUCAUUUGUGUUCUCUUGUGUUCAGGGAAGAAUGGUUUAAUGCCCUUCUUUUUGUUUUAAUUCACCAAAAACAAGAUUCUGCUUAAAUUUUACAGUAAAAAAAAGAACUAUAAUACAGGAUACAGGAGUUAAUAACUGACAUGUAAAACAGCGGAGGGAGACAAUAACUUGGAGCAUUUAGUUUGUUUCUACAUCAACAUUUUUUAUGUUUGACAUUAAAAACAGAUUAAAGGGGGUUACAGGUAACUCGGUUUAGCAGUUUUGUGCAUUUUAUUCUUUAUAUUUAUCAGAUACACCUGCAACCAGUCUAAUAAAACCAGAAAUAAAUACGUUGGUAUGUGUGUCAAAUAAAAGCGGCUCUAAUACUUUCUUUUGAAAUUGUUGCACUUCCAAUGACAGACAAUGAAUCGUUUUAGUCCCACACAAAGAAAUAGCAGGAAAACGAAUUUCAUGUGUCGUUCUGGGAAAAUAAGCAGUUGGAGGACGAAGUCUCUGUGGAGUUGUGAAGAAAAUCCGCCUUGAUUAUUUUCUGAGAAAAUUGAACAGUUUUUUUUUUGUUUGUUUGCAGGACAAUGAUCCAACAACUGUCAUGCACAAAAAUUUGGUCCAGUUUGUCAUCUUGACAGCAUUUUUUUAAAUAACUUGAAUCAAACACUUUGGCUGGUUUUAGUUACUGAUUACUGAGGUGGUGGUUUGUCUGAGAGAAAUUAUUGCGUUCUAGUAAAUAUAAUUCUGAAUGAUCCAUCUGCAAAUAUGCAACAAUUGGGAGCUGAUUUAGUUAAAAACCUUUAUUAUUCUGACAGCAUGAUUUUAUGAUUUACCUCCUAUUUGUGAUUGACCAGUCCACUUAAACCACUGACUGGCUUUUACAGUCAGCUUAAUUAAUUUCCACCUGAUCUGCUGUGUUUACGUCUCUGCUCGGAUCAGCAGCAGUUUUGGGUCGAGAUCAGUGGGUAGAAAACACUCAGUGGAUAACAGAGUUUAGCUUUCAUCCGACUAAAGCUGUGGACUGAAGUGUAGUGUGUGAAGCAGAAGCGCCUAUUAAUGCUUUUUUCUGUCAUUCUGCACGUGUAGGACUUUAUUUUCAAGAUUAAUUAUAACAUAUACGUUAAAAAAAUAUAUAGAAGUGGAAAUUGUGCUGAACUGAAUGAAUAGAUACAAAUACUGAUGUAUCUACACAAAAUAUUCCACAAAACGAAAAAGGAUUUGAUAAACUGAGUUUUAGAGUCGGGUUAAAUCUAACUGAUUUGGUAUUUGCAGAGUAAAUUUUCAAAUAACCAGGAUUUAACUGUAAUAUGAUCAAAUCUGACCUUGUUCCUUGUUUUUCUGUAAUGCAUCAUUUUAUUCAAGUCAAAUUUAGAAUUAUCAGCUCACUACUGUUCUUUAUCUAUGUUUUAUUAUGUUGUUUACACUUUGUUUAAUAAAAAGAGAAUAUAAAUUUUA